AUGGAUAGGACACGGGUCGCCAAGGUGGAAAGUGUCACCCUUGCGCGAAGGGGUGAACAAGUUACAGGCACCCUUCACCUGACACCGCAUCACCUUAUUUUCUCUCAUACCCCUCAGGUUUCUGGAGAAGUACUUGAAUCUGGAACUCCAAUCAGGCCGAAAGAACUCUGGAUUACAUACCCGAUAAUAGCGUUCUGCACACUCCGCGCAGUUCCGUCUGUUUCGAGACAGCCCUCGUCUAUUCGCUUGCGCUGCCGAGACUUUACCUUCGUUUGCUUCUACUUCGCCAGUGAGGCUAAGGCACGCGAUGUAUACGACACCUUAAAACAGUGGACAUGCAAAGUUGGCCGGGUUGAAAAACUUUAUGCGUUUACAUAUCAGCCCCCUCCUCCGGAGCUCGAGAUAAACGGAUGGAACCUCUAUGAUGCCGCGAAGGAAUGGGCCCGCCAGGGAGUCGGGAAGGACGAUGUCAGCAAUGGCUGGCGCAUUUCGACUAUUAAUACCGACUACAACUUUUCCCCCACUUACCCGGCAUUGCUCCCUGUCCCAUCCGCGAUAUCCGACAACACUCUUAACUACGCUGGAAGAUACCGCUCAAGAGCGCGAGUUCCUGUUCUUACAUAUCUCCACCCUAUAAACAAUUGUUCCAUUACUAGGAGUUCACAGCCCUUGGUAGGCGUACGCCAGAACCGAAGCAUUCAAGAUGAGAAGCUACUGGCGACUAUCUUCUCUACAUCCAAUUCGGACAGACCGCUGGCCGGUUUCACGCCACCUACCCUCGACCACGAGUCGACGGGCUCGAGUUUGGAAGAAAUUUCUUCAGCCGCUCCGCAAGACUUCGAAUUGACUAACGCAGAAGAGUUGGAAGAUGAGGUCCUUGCCGCGGCUCAAGGGGAACAGGAAGAAAAACCGCAGGUGUAUGGAGCUCAGCAACGUAACCUCAUUGUCGAUGCUCGACCAACAGUCAAUGCCCUUGCGAUGCAAGCAGUCGGACUAGGGUCUGAGAACAUGGACAACUAUAAAUUCGCUACCAAAGCCUAUUUGGGGAUUGAUAAUAUACAUGUGAUGAGAGAUUCCCUGAAUAAAGUUGUGGAUGCGCUGAAAGAAUCCGAUGUGACGCCAUUGGGACCAAGCAAAGAACUCCUCGCAAAGAGCCAGUGGCUGAGGUAUAUCUCAGUUAUAUUAGAGGGCGCUAGUCUCAUUGCUCGUCAAGUUGGCAUCCACCAUUCUCACGUACUAAUCCACUGCUCAGAUGGAUGGGAUCGGACAAGUCAACUUAGCGCCCUCAGUCAGUUGUGCCUAGAUCCGUACUACCGCACCCUGGAAGGCUUUAUGGUCCUUGUUGAGAAGGACUGGCUUUCGUUUGGUCAUAUGUUUCGUCAUCGGGCGGGUUUGUUGAACAGUGAAAAGUGGUUUCAAAUUGAGAACGAAAGGAUUGGGGGUGACGCAAACCGUCCCUUUGGAGAGACUAGUGAGCCUCGAAAGGCUCUGGAAAAUGCAUUUCUAAGUGCCAAGAAUUUUUUCAACCGAGACAACACCAGUCGAGAUUCCCUUGUUGAUUCUGAUGGCGAAAUGCAAAAUUAUGAUAAUGACAGCCCUUUGCGGAAGCCAAGCACGACACCCCGUUCAGCAGCCAACGAGAAGGAGGCUACAAAGGUCAAGGAAACAAGUCCUGUUUUCCAUCAGUUUCUUGACGCAACUUAUCAGCUUCUUCACCAGCAUCCAACUCGUUUCGAGUUCAACGAACGAUUCUUGCGGAGGCUUCUCUACCAUCUCUAUUCUUGCCAGUACGGCACUUUUCUCUACAACAGCGAGAAGGAGCGUGUCGACUCGAAUGCAAAGGAACGUACGAGAAGUGUUUGGGAUUAUUUCUUGUCAAGAAGAGCGCAGUUCACCAACCCGAACUACGAUCCCCUUGUGGACGAUAAGCAGCGCUCUCACGAACGUCUCAUCUUCCCUCGUAUAGACGAAGUUUGUUGGUGGAGCGAAGUCUUUGGACGCACGGAUGCCGAAAUGAAUGGUACACGAACAACCUCAUGGUCCUCUCCUUCUCCUGUCCCUGCUCGCUCGUACCCAGGUACGGGCAGAACGAGUCCCGUCCUCUUAGGGGUUGAAACUUCGGAUGCAAAUGCGGGAGCCCAAGUUGAUGAAGCCGCUGCCAGCAAGCCUCCACCAGCAGGUCUUUCAAGCCUAACAGCGGAGCUUUCAAAUUUGACGAUACCAAAGCUUCAUGAUACUACAGAAACCAGCAAGAAGGAAAUGGAGCUGGAAAUAAGGUGA